CCAUAAGGACAACUUCAAGUCCCAGUUGGUUUAGCGACCCAACCAGGACGAUGCCCAUCCAAUUGAAACGAAAGGAGAACAAUAAAAUAUUGAACUAAAGAGAUAAACGCAAGUCGCAAAUUGUCACUGGAAAUGGGGCCAGCCAGAACCAGACGUAACCAGGCAUACGUGAACAGAACCAGCCGUAACCAGGCAUAUGUGAACAGAACCAGACGUAACCAGGCAUACGUGGACUCACAGGCACUGGCACCACUAAGCGAACCCGUCGAAGAUUCAAGUGGGAUGGAAAGGCCCUCCCAUGAUGAUCCAAGUACCCUGACUAACUGACUAAGCCACUGACUAACCGUACUGGUCUGUCUGACUAAGCUACUGACUAACCAACCGUACUGGUCUGUCUGACUAAGCCACUGACUAACCGUACUGGUCUGUCUGACUAAGCCACUGACUAACCGUACUGGUCUGACUAAGCCACUGACUGACCCACUGACUGACUAAGCCUUCAAUAAACUGUUUUAACCUAAAAAAAACUAACUAAGCCUGUGCUGGUCUGGUCGUGUGCUUGGUCUGGUCUGGCCUGGCUGUGCAUGUGUUGGUGUGCCAUGAGUAGCGAGUUCAAUGGCUGCACUUAUUUAAUGCGAUCUGUCUGGUGGUAGGCGCACUACCACAAGCACCAACGAACGAGUCAGUUGAUGCACUUAUUAAAGGGCUGCUUAAGCACGGA